UUGUGUUUUUUUAUGUUUGCUUCUUAUUUAGGAAUAAUUUCUAGGACCUAAUGCUGAAAAUAUUAGAUUUAUUUAAUGCAACUAUGAGAACUAGUGUUUUAAGUUUAGGUUGGAGUUUGCAAGUAAGUUGAAAUGUUAAAAUUAAGUUAGUUUUGAUUAAUCAGGAAGUCAAUUGGAUCUGUGAUUAUAUUGAUCUUGAAAUUUUUAUGGAGUUUGUUUUUGUGUUAUUUUGUUUUUGAUGCAUUUAAUUCAAUUAUAGUUGCUUGGUAUUGUUAUAUGUUUUUUUUUUCUGCACUGAAUUGUUAUGUUUUGUCUUGUUUCAAUUUGUGCAUUUGUUGAUUUUGGCAGGUAAUUUAACUGCUUCAUAUGUAUAGUAAAUACCUUAUUUUGUAUUAUAUUCUAGGAUCACUGAGGUGAAAGCUAGUUGGAACAAGUAUAGUUUAGCUCUUGGUGGCAUCUUUUCACUUUGAGUAGUCCAGCCAUGACAUGUACCAGUUCGAUCCAAUUUUCCCCAGAAUUAAAUUUUUACUGCUGUCGUGGAUGUAGCAAGCAAUUUAAUAGUGUGUUUGGAAAGGGAAAGAACAGAGUAAAUUUGGCUAAUGUCAAUCUUUCAUCCCGUUGUUUGCGACAGGAUGCUUGGACUCUUCAUUUUGUAAGCAGCUUGCAUGGCCCCAUAGUCCCUGCACCUUCCAGAUGCAAUUCUUUUGUCUGCCGAUCUGUUGCAACACCGGCUGCUGGAGCAAAUGGUAUUCCUGUUGUGAAAACUGCAGCUCUGGUCUUGAUGAGAUCAUACAAUUCCCUUUGUGGGAGUUCUCUUGCAUUUAAAUUAAUCCCAGCAGUUGGUAUCAUCGCUUUUGCUUCACUGGGUCUUGAUCCGCUCAUGCGUCUUUGCAGAAUUAUAUUUCUCCAGAAAUCUGAUAAUAAUUGGAAGAAAAGUAGCACGUAUUAUAUUAUGACUUCGUAUCUCCAGCCUUUACUGUUAUGGACUGGAGCAAUACUUAUAUGCAGAGCAUUAGAUCCUGUAUCUCUCCACUCAGAAGUGAGCCAGGCUGUGAAGCAACGGCUUCUAAAUUUUGUACGCUCAUUGUCAACUGUGCUGGCAUUUGCUUAUUGUUUGUCAAGCGUUAUUCAACAAGCACAGAAGUUCGCUACAGAGAUGAAUGACUCCAAUGAUGCAAGAAAUAUGGGAUUUGAUUUUGCUGGAAAAGCUAUUUAUAGUGCAGUUUGGAUUGCAGCUGUAUCAUUGUUUAUGGAAUUGCUGGGGUUCUCCACCCAAAAGUGGGUAACAGCUGGAGGUCUUGGUACAGUAUUGCUCACCCUUGCUGGUCGUGAGAUUUUUACAAAUUUUCUUUCUAGUGUAAUGAUCCAUGCAACGCGGCCCUUUGUUUUGAAUGAAUGGAUUCAGACAAAAAUCGAAGGUUAUGAAGUUUCUGGCACGGUUGAGCAUGUGGGUUGGUGGUCGCCUACAGUCAUAAGAGGUGAUGAUCGUGAAGCAGUUCAUAUUCCCAAUCAUAAAUUUACCAUGAAUGUUGUGAGAAAUCUUAGCCAGAAGACUCAUUGGCGUAUUAAGACCUACCUUGCCAUCAGUCACUUGGAUGUCCACAAAAUUAAUAACAUUGUUGCUGAUAUGCGCAAAGUAUUGGCCAAAAAUCCUCAAGUGGAGCAGCAGAGGUUGCACAGAAGAGUUUUCCUUGAUACCAUUGACCCUGAAAAUCAGGCCCUUAUGAUCUUGGUAUCGUGCUUUGUGAAAACCUCACAUUAUGAAGAGUUUUCCUGUGUAAAGGAAGCAGUACUCUUGGAUCUUCUUAGAGUUAUAAGCCAUCAUCGCGCUCGGCUUGCCACACCCAUUCGUACUGUUCAGAAAACAUACAGAGAUGCUGAUCUUGAUAAUGUACCAUUUGCCGACACUAUAUUUGCUCGUUCAAGAGCAGCUGCUAAACGUCCGUUAUUGUUGAUUGAGCCUUCUUAUAAAAUAAAUAGUGAAGAUAAAACUAAAUCCUCUGUGCAAUCAGUGCGUACUAGCGAGGAAAAGGACAGCAAGGUAGAAGCUGCUUCUACAUCAGAAACCAAAGUGGAAGCUAAAGCGGGGUCAAUUCCAAAUGUUGAGUCAGAAACGGAUAAGGUCACAGCAACUGCUACACCUGACUCGAGCAUAACCUCUAAGGCUUCAGCAACCCCAGCAUCUGAGUCCCAAAAGAAUUCUGAAACGCAGGAAUCUAGUGAAAGCAUGGAAAAUUCGAGGAACAAGGAAAUGGGGCUUAAUUCUGAAGACUUAGCACCAAGAAGGGAAACACCUGAAGGAUAUGUAGUUGCUGCAGCAGCCAUUUCACAGGCUCAACAGGAUAUAGAGAGGCACGUCACAGCACCAUCAUCAUCAGUAUUGGAGGAAAAUAUUGUUCUUGGUGUUGCUCUGGAAGGUUCAAAACGAACAUUGCCAAUUGAAGACGAAAUGGACCCGUCUCUGUUCCCUCCGGAGUCCAAGGAACUGGCUGCCAGCAGGAAUGGAGUUGGGUCCCCUUCCGCUGACAAGGAUAUGAAAGAUGGCCAGAUGCCAACAAUCACGAGUGGCUCACAAGUUGAUUGAACAAUUUCUCAGGGAUUAGACUCUUGGUGUUGUAUUGUAUAUUCCAGUUGACAAUUGCAGUUGUACGCAUGAAGAUGGCAGCUGCAUUUUUGAAGCUGUCGUUGUGCUGUUCAUCCUUUGUCGCUCAUUGCCCUUUGUAAGUAAUUGUUAAAAGCAGAAAAGACUAGCCUGAGAAAAGAAAAGCUACUGACCAGGCAAACAAGCCUAUUUGACCUUUCGGUUAGACAUUUUAGUUAUCAUGUUGCCGACAAAUUAUCAUACGCUAUUGAUGGGUGUUAAUUGGUAGGUUAACCGACAA